UUACGACACCAGCUCGGGAGACUAUCUCGGAUCUGCUUGGCGGUGGAGACUGGAGACCUGUUCAGCGCGUUCCAAGAUGUCAAGCUCCGAGCGUUACGGCGAUGACAGAGAUCGACGACCCUACAGGUUGUCCGUGAAGUGCUUCAACUGCGAUGAGUCGGGUCACUAUGCUAACCAAUGUCCUCAUCGGGAGCGACGCUACAGCUCAAGCCGACCUUCCACCUCGCCGGACUCUAGAAGAGCUCGUUCACCGCGGAGGUUCGAAACUCGCAAGAGUUACACCGCCCCGAAGGAGGAAACUGAGCUACGGGAGAGGGUGGUGGAGCUGACCAAGGGAGUGGCAACCAUCAAAGAGCACUUCAAGUUUGAAGCAGUACAAGCGAAGAAAGAGGAAAAAGCCAUACAUAAGCUUGAGAAAGCACGAGCCAUAGAAGAAGAGAGAUUGAAGCAGGAAGAAGAGGACGCACGUUUGGCUCAAGAAGCAGCUCGACGUGAAGCCAAGAAACAAAAGAAGGAGGCGAAAGCGAAGCAGGAAGCCAUCCUGAAGGCGGAAAUGAAAAAGGAGGUGACGAUGCAUGCAGCCUUACUAAUGAGUGAAAUUAAGGAUGAUUCGAUUCAACAAUGGAAGACAUUUGUUAUUCCGACUCUUGCAGGAGACAGAUGCGACAUCAAAGGGAAGAAGGAAGUCGUACACGAACCGGAGUAUGGGAAAAAGAGGAAGAGAGCUGACGAUGUUCCGAUUGGCGACAGUCCACCUAUGGAAGCACCUCCUAAACGCACCCUAAUGCGUGGAUGUAUCCGCAUUGGGGAACACAGCCAACGGGUGACCAGAGCAAGGACUAAGGGUACUCGUACUCCGAUCCGGGCGAAGAAGCAUUCGCCCAUCAAGACUCCGUUAUCGAAGUUGACGAAGUACCGUAAGCUGUCUCCUCCCAGCGGGAAGCUGACUUCUGCCAGCAAGUCGCUCUCGCGCCUACGCUUUCGCGACUCCGUUACAAAGGAGUUGAAGGAUUGCAAUGCCAAAGAGUUGCAGCGCUACGGCAAGGAUGAAGGUAUUCCUUAUGUAGGCAAGAUCGAUGCAAUCUUUGAUCUUGCCGAGCACCGCGAGCAACUGCGUUUUCCGUGUAUUGUCCUAGCUUCGGAUGUUAUCCAGAUCAGUGAAUCGAAGGAUGUUGAGGCAAAUGCUUCAACCGAGAACCAAAAGUGAUGUGGUAUUCCGGACAACCGUUGGCUGGAAAUUUGUAGAUACAUCACCAGUAAACGUUGUUCUCAGGU